CUCCUGUACGCUGUGUGUUUGGAGUUUGACCACAGAGGACAGGCAGAGUUAACAGAAGGCAAUGGGAAAAAUGACUUGGCACACUGAAUAGCGAAGAACCUGAGAUAUUCGCAAAAGCCUUUUCACCAGGAUUUCAGACAAACUGGUGUGUUUGCGGGAAAAGGUGAGCGGACAACAGAAGCGACAUUUUUAAACCAUGGAGCCUUCACCUGCCGGAAACUCAUCCACCCCAAAACUUAACCCUUCGUCUCCCACUACCUUGAGGCCAGGUCCUUCCUCCCUCAGCUCAUCCGCUGCCGCAACUACAUCGACCUCAGACCGGCCUAAGCCUAAACUCACAAUGCUGACACCUCCAACCACACCCUCAUCUUCUCCCUCCACUGCCUUACCUCAGACAUCUCCAGGUCUUUUGACCCGCUCUUCCUCGCUAUCCACACCAACAGCCUCACCUGUCCGCCAGCCCAUUAGGAGCCUUUCUCAUGUAGGCAGAUCUCAGCUGAACGCAGCGUCUACAGGGAAUCCCCUGACUGGAUCCUCAGCUGGUGGAGCUGCUGCCACAGCUCCACAGCCUCCUCGCACACCUGAACCAGAGGAGCCAGAGGAGGAGGUCAGUUUGGAGGAUUUGGAGGAGAAAGCAAAGUCAGGUGAUGCGAAGGCGCAGACUAAGAUGGGUCGUUACUUCCUGGCACUGGCAGAAGAAAGCAAUGAGGAACUGAACAACUGCACAGCGGUCACUUGGCUGAUCCAGGCUGCAAAACAGGGCCGCAAGGAUGCAGUCAGACUGCUGCAGCAGUGCUUAUCCACCAGAAAAGGCAUCACUUUGGAGAACUUUCAAGAAGUGAAGAAGUUGUCCACAGAGACACGUUUUGAGCGAGGAGUCCGGAAGGCAGCUCUGCUCAUGUACUGGAAGCUGAACCCGGAGAGGAAGAAGGCUGUGGCAGUUUCAGAGAUGCUGGAAAAUGUUGAACAUGUCCACACAGAGCCGGACACGCCAGUCUCUCCUGGUCCACUGAACAGCUCUGCUAAGAAACAGAGGCGAGUCCUGGAGACGAUGGUCACCAGUGAGGCCAGUUCCCAUGUGGGUCUUGAUGACUUUGUUGAGAUGACUAAGAAGUAUGCUCAGGGUAUCGCACCGUCACCAGUCAUGGCUGCUGCAGGAGGCGAUGAUGACGACGAUGAUGUAGUAGUGAAGAAUCCAGAUGAGCUGCCCCUGCACCAAAAGCUGCUGAAGUUUCCUCUGUACGCCCUGCUGGAGAUAAAAGAGCAUCUCAUCGACUGGGCGUCACGAGCCGGCAUGCAGUGGCUCAGCGCCCUGAUCCCCACCCACCACGUCAACGCGCUUAUCUUCUUCUUUAUCAUCUCCAACCUCACUAUCGAGUUCUUCAUCUUCCUCAUCCCUCUGCUGGUUUUCUACCUCUCAUUCUUCUCCAUGGUGAUCUGCACUCUGCGUGUAUUUCAGAAUUCUAAAGCAUGGGAAAACUUCCGGGCUCUGACAGACCUGCUGGCUCACUUUGAACCUGGUCUUGAUCUGGAGCAGGCUGAGACCAACUUUGGAUGGACCCAUCUGGAGCCUUAUCUGUAUUUCCUGGUCUCAGUGAUUUUUGUAGUCUUCUCCUUCCCCGUUGCUGAUAAAUCCUGGAUCCCCUGCUCUGAGCUGGCAGCCGUCGCUCUCUUCUUCACCAUCACUGCCUUCCUCAGCCUUCAUGCCUCUGCUCAGCUCUUUGCCCGUAAAGCCCUCCUCACAGAAGUCCUCUCGGGAGCGUGCUCCCUCACUCACCUCCUGCCAGACUCCCUCUGGUUGCUCAGGGUCUUUGGGAUGACGUUCAUCACUUUGCCUCUCGGAGAUAUCGUGGCAUUAAACCUGGGGAUGCCAUGGCUGCUAUACGGACACCUCUUCUAUCUCCUCUUCCGUAUGGCCCAGCUAAGAGGUUUUAAAGGCACCUACCUGUGCCUGGUGCCCUACUUGGUUUGCUUCACCUGGUGUGAGCUGUGCUUGGUGUUCCUCAAUAAUGCCUCUGCAAUUGGACUCAUCCGCACCUGUGUGGGCUACUUCCUCUUCCUGUUUGCCCUUCCUAUUCUCUCAUUGGGCCUGGCUGCAAUGCUCGUCAUCCAGUUAGCGCAAUGGUUUUUCACCCUGGAGCUGACUAAGAUGGUGGUCACACUGACUAUUUGCUUUGUGCCAGUAGUGCUGAGGCUUUGGACUCGCUUCAGCCUCAACCCCAUCGCGGUUUUUCGGUCUUUGUCGGGGAGCAGCAUCGUCAAGCUCAUCCUGGUGUGGCUCAGUGCCGUGGUGCUCUUCUGCUGGAUGUAUGUCUACAGGUCUGAAGGCAUGAAAGUGUAUAACUCCACCCUGACGUGGCCUGAGUACAGUAACCUGUGCGGCCCUCUGGCCUGGAAAGAGUACAACAUGGCCCAAACCCAGAUUCUCUGCUCUCACCUCGAAGGCCAUCGUGUCACCUGGACAGGACGCUUCAAGUACGUCCGUGUGACGGACAUCGAGAAUGGGCCACAGUCGGUUAUCAACCUGCUGCCUGUAGUUGUAGGGGACUGGAUGCGGUGCCUGUAUGGUGAGCCGUAUCCUCUGUGUGAUGAGACCCAGCCCCAACCUCUGCCUGCCCUUCCAGAGGCUCCUCUCUGUAAACUGAAAAAACUGGCCAAGCAUGAAUGCCACGUCAAACGGUUCGACCGGUACAAAUUUGAAGUCACACUGGGCAUGCCGCUGGAGAGGAAGACCAAGAAUGGGACAAUCAUAGAGGACGAAGAUGCGACAAAGGACAUAGUGCUGAGGGCUAGUAAUGAGUUCAAGUCUGUGCUUUUACACUUAAGCACAGGCAGCCUGGUGGAGUUCAGCACCAUACUGGAGGGGCGUUUAGGCUCCAAAUGGCCCGUUUUUGAACUGAAAGCCAUCCACUGCAUGUCGUGCGUGGACGCCCGCGUUCCCAGCCGCAGGCAGUACAAGAUCGAACACGACUGGAGGCGCACAGCCCAGAACGCCCUUCAGUUCGGUUUUGACUUCUUCUUCAACCCCUUCCUGACCGCUCAGCUAGAGCAGCACUCAGAGACAGAGGCUGUGACGCAGGAGGAAGGAUAGGGGGAAAAGAAUCUGGCAAACACCUCUGGGAGAGACAAGAUGUGUGAUUAUGAUAAUACUAUCUUCAGCCUAAGAACAGUGAUGAUUGUGCACAACUGCUUUUAAGAGAAUUGCAAUACUGGUAAGUUACUUACUGUCAGACGAGUGGGCAGAUCCUCAGACAUUCAGCAAGUGUGCGUUUGCAUUUUUAUAGCUUUGAGCCAAAAUAUGUGAGUAUAUGUGAUAAACCUAAUGUUCAAAUGGGAGAAGCACAAACUAAUGAUGUUUGUAGGUAAUUUAUUUUAACACUACAUUAGGAAAAACGUGAUGUAAACCUCCUCAGCUGUGCCCAGUUGGUAAACAUUUCAUCUACUGUAAGCUGCAUGCUCACCAUUGUGAGCCUGUUAAUGAAGUCGUUUUGAAUUGCUAUACAAACACUAUGUCUGCUGCACACACACGUUUCUGUAUGUUGGCCAGUGUCUUGACAUGUUUGGUGGCCAAAAUCAUCAGUAUUUACAUGAUGCAGUGUCCCUGUUGAACUGUACUGUCAUUGUUGUAUAGACAGACUGCUAUUAUUGAAGAAAAAGUUGCUGUUUUUAUUUUUUUUUUACACACAAAGGUGGUAAUUCUUGUCACAACUCAUAGUUUAACAUUAUACACUAUGUCCAGUAAGUAAUUUCCGAAAGUGUUUGGUGUUACUUCAUUUCUUUCAAGUGCCUUGUAAAACACAGUAGUCUGAGUUAAACGGUAAUUUGGGAGGGAAUAGACUAAAUCAUGCCUUUUAACACUCAGCUACAGCCGAGCUUUUAUUUAUUACAGAGCAGUUCACCAAGUUAAUUUCAGCUUUCUCUGUUCUCAUUUCUUUCUUUAACCAUUCUCUUUUUCUCCUCCCUUGUUUUUCAUCUCUGCUGUGCAGGGAUGUAAUAUAUUGAAUAUUUGGAGUUCCUGAGUGAUGUGUUUUCAGUUAGUAUGUCACUUCUGUUUUCUAUAUUGUGACCUAUAAAUAUGCUGAAACAUUU